AUUAUUCAUACGGAGGGAGGAGGGUGUGACUUGUUGGCUCUUUUUUCCGCCUGUAUAAAACGAGAAGUUCGCGAAAAAGAAAAUACAGAUGGAGAAGGCUAGCCGGCUCGCUGUGUCACAGAGAGUCCCCUUAAGCCUGCGUGACAACUCUCAUACUGUCCCUUUGUGACCAGCUCAAAUCGGCACAAUGCCCGCUCUCUGUGUGCUUUGUCUGGCCGCCGCGCUGGCUGCGUUCACCCGGCUCGCCGGCACCGUGGGUCCCGUGGUCCAAUGCGAGCCGUGCGACGCCGGGGCGCUCCUGCAGUGCAAGCCUCUGCCCAAGGACUGCGCGGAGCGGGUGAGGGAGCCCGGCUGCGGCUGCUGCAUGACGUGCGCUCUGGGUGAGGGACUGGCGUGUGGAGUGUACACGGGGCGCUGUGGAUCCGGCUUGACCUGCCAGCACCAGCCCGGGGAGAGCCGACCUCUGCAAGCCCUGCUGGAGGGACGAGGAGUGUGCUCCAGCGCUGCGUCCAAGAAGCUCAAGAGCAUUCUCAUUCCCGCGCAAAGACAAGAGAAUGCCAGAAAUCAGGUAGAAGAAGGCGGUGCCAAUGGAACCACGGCGGGGACCAUACUGCCCAGCGUUGGGACAGUGAAGGGCGGGCACAGUCAAGGGUCAGUGGACACCAGGCCGCAGCUGCACAACAAACUGAUCGAGAAGGAUCAGAACAGGAAGACGCAUAGCUACAAGGUGGAAUCAGUGUCAGGAGGAGCCAAUAUGGACAUGCACAACUUCUCCCUGGAGAGGAAGAGGGAGACUGAGUAUGGGCCGUGUCGGCGGGAGAUGGAGAGCAUCCUGAGCAGCCUUAAAAUCAGCAACGUGCUUAACCCGAGAGGCUUCCGCAUACCCAACUGUGACAGAAAAGGCUUCUACAAGAAAAAACAGUGCCGUCCAUCCAAAGGAAGGAGGCGGGGCUACUGCUGGUGCGUGGACAAAUACGGGCAGUCUCUUCCAGGGUACGACGGCAGGGAGCGAGGCGAGACACAGUGCUACAACCUGGAGAGCAAAUGAGAGGACAGAGGGAGGACAAGGGGGGAGGGAGGGGGAGAAAGAAAAAGAGCCUACUUUGCUCUUGCAUGUAGUUUUAUGUAAACAUUUAGAGGGGGCUCUGGACCUUUGAUUCAGGUCCCAUUUCUGUCAGAGAGUAUGAGAGAGAACAAGGGGAAGGGGACGGGAGGGACAGGCCGAGCCUCCUGUCCAUCACAGCUAUAUGUCCCGUGCUUUGGGAACCUCUAUCCUUUCUUAAAAAACAAAAUAAAUAAGCUGAAAGCUAAGAGAGAAGGGGAAGAAAGAGAGAAUCCUACCAUCUGCACUAUUCUUUUAGAGAGAGAGGAAGGAGGGACUUUUCCACUCACUUUAAAGAGGACUUGUUUGUGACUGUGACCCGAAAAAAAAACACACCACCACCAUUUCUAUUGUGUGUCUGUCUGUGUGAGUGUCUUAAUGUGUGAGUACCUGCAUAACAUACGUGUGCACAGCUGCAUGUCUGUGCGAGAUGGCAUGCAAGAUGGUGUGCACUUUCCCAAAAGUGUUUAUUUAUGUAAAUACUGUAUGUCACUUAGCUCAGUGUAGAAACGUCUGACUGCCCCUCCCUAGCCCUGCUCCAUUAAACAAUGCAGAAACAUAAACACUCUCCGGCUCAGGGUCCAUCUUGAAGUGAAGGAUUAUGGGGUAGCAGGGCUUUGACUUCUUAUCCAGGGCCGUCCUUGCUGCCUCCCUCUCUUGCCAUGCUGUUGGGAGGGAGUGGAGGCAAACCGUGCAGUUACAGUGCCUUAAAAACAGUCCACACCUCCCCUUCACCUUCUGCAUCGACCUGAAAACCCACCUUUGUCGUAUCAAAUACUCGCCCACAGGAAUCUUGAAGUAUCUCUGAAGGCAACAGCUGCAACUAGCUUGGGUUUUAGCAGCAGCAGUAGAUUCUUCCUAAUAAGACCACUAACUUUGUGGUGCUAGAAUUCCUAGAUGUAAGGUCACAAGAGUGUAAAGAUUAAGGCAUGCAUUUGACUAUAGACAAACCACAGUAGAAUUAAAGGUGAGUUAGAAUGAAAUGUGCCAAUAUUAGCUUGGUUCAAACCUCUGAAUUGCUGCCCACAUCUCAGAUAGUUUGCGUCAUUCAAGAGUCUUAUUUCAAGCUUAUUGAAGGCUGAUUACCACGUUAAGUAAAUGAGCUAAUCUGAGAUUUUUUUUUUUUUUUUUAAUGCCAUGGGACAGGGUAAAGAAAGACAUGCCCAAUCACUCUAUACUCCAUGGUGCUUUUGCAGAUUUGUUCUUUCAGUAUUUUGAGGAUAAAGACUGCUUUUUUCUAAUGAACAGAAGUAUCAAAAAGUGUGGAAACCUCAUGAUCUUUAGUCCUGUUUUAACCACAAAAGAUUGGACAAAUUGGUUGCUCAUCAUCAGUUCCAUCAAUUUUUCCCAUUGUUGCCCAAUGUAUUUGUGCAAUUUAAACAGUGUGCAGGAGUUUGCCAGCAAUUGUGAGUGAUAGCCAGGCCCUGAGGCAUUUUCUCUUGAAGAUUCUAAGGGAUUGUGUCCAUUCCGACUCAAGGAUGAAUUUAUUACAUUUUGAAGAGAAAAGGUCAAAGUCACAGGGCCAUGUGUUCACCCCUUACUUGUGAAACUGAUGUCCAUGGCCCUAGAAAUGUGCUGCAGGCUACUUGUAGCUCUCUUUGCAUUGCACAUUUGUGCUUUUAACUCUGGAACUCAUAUUUGCAAUGAAUUUAUUGCGGCAACAUGUUUGUGUUUAGCAUCAGGCUUCAUCACUACUUGCAAUGGGUGCUGCUGGUAUAGCGGUUAGCUUGAAUGUAGCUAUAGCAUAGUGGCAGUUUGAUCAAAACUGGACCACAUUUCUUGAUUAAAACAAGAGCAAAGAGCCAACGGAAAGAGGUUUUCAGUCAUCUCUGAGCAAGCUUCAGCAUGCAGCCCUUACAGGUGAAGUUCUACAAUAAGCUGGUGUAUACAAUGGCUGCUACCAAUGUAGGGAUUAGCUUGGAUGUAGCUGUAGAAAAGCGUCAGCUUUAGCAGACCACAACCACAUUUCUUUGUUAAAACAUGAGCAAAGAGCCACACCAAGCCUGCUCUAGGCAGUAAAGAGGUUUCUGUACGUCUCCCUGACUUUUGGCCACUGACAGGCUCUACUUUUCAUAAACUACAAGUCUUUGUCUGGUCACUCUGGCCCAUCAUGAAUGUGACAGGCAGGAUGCUCCUCCAGUCACUUUCAGAGAUUUUCUUUAGUAGUUAUUUCCAAAAGGCUUUGUAUGGGAGGUUUCCCAGAUGGAUGUGAAACAUAUCCAUGCAAUGGACAUACCUGCACGUCUGCAUAACUGCACAAAAAUUGUUGUGCAAGCUUGAUCUUUUUGGCAUAGUGAAAGGAGGUGCCACCUUCAACAUGGCACAUGACCCAUAGUGCAAAGGAAUGUCAUAAUGGCAUAAACAUUUAAGGUAGACUUAACCUGGAGCUAUCAUAGUGUUAAACAAUGGUGUAUGCUCAUGUAAAAGACAGAAGUCCUCAAACUUUUCCACAUAAUUCUUCUUCACUAUGCAUUAAGGAUAUCUACUGACAUCUCACAGUAUUGGAUAUCUUUUUGCCUGUAGUAUCUAAAUUGAAGGCCAAAUACUGUCUUCUGAUCAGGCAGUGCAGCAAUAGAGAGCAGGUUUUUCCAUGGCAGCAUCUGUCGUUUCUUUGCUGGGAUGAUAUAAAAACAGGGGAUCAAUGCUUUCUUAUGGGGUAGACUUUACCUACAUGGCAUUUAUUUUUGGGCUUUUUAUGCCUUUAUUCAGAGAGAAGGACAGUGGAUAGUUGGAAAUAGGGACAAGAGAGCAAGGAAUGGCAUGCAAAAUAGAAGCCAUAGGUCGGACUUGAACCCGAGUCGCCCAUGUAAAUUGGGCGUGACCUAACCACUAAGCCAUCUAUACCAACAUUUUAAAUCUCUGGAUAUAUUUAAACAAUUUUAACAACACCAAAGUGAGACACAAUUUAAAGGCAUUAGUUUUAGCGUUAAGAAGUUUUUAAGGAUUUCUUAACUAUUCUAGGCUGCCAAUUUAGGUAUUUAUGUGUUGAACUGGCAGCAUAUAGGGCUCAUGAAUAAAAUGUAGUGGUAAAUACUCUGGAAGGCAGAAGGAUACAUCAUAUCAAAGGCAUUGCAUCUGAUAUCCUAGCUUAAUCCAGCUGCUGCUCUUAGUGAAGGAGUUACAAGCUCUUCUGUGGUGCUAACAGAGGCGAGUGUCUGACACAACAGUGAUAGGUUUCAGGUUAGUUAUAUUUGAGAUGCUCAUAUGCUAUCUUAAAUGUUCAGUUUACUUAGAUCAGUGGUCUUCUGUUUCUCUCCCAUCCCCACCCCUCUGUAGCUCCAACCUUCUCACCUGUGUCCUCACGUCCUCAUCUGUCCUGCAGCCUUUAUGUCGAGUUCCUCUCAUACAUGUCCAUACCUACUUUCUAACACUUCGUCCUCGUUUGCGUGCCUGAUCCCGUCCAGCCUCACUAACCCUCACCGUUACUCCUCGCUCCAACACCCGGCCCUCCUCCGGUCCUCUUCCUGUCAGCGGUGCAUCCUGGUGUAGGCUUGUUUGAACGGGGCGGUACAGCCCCGGUGUGACCGGCACCGCCCCGCUGCAGGUGCCAGCUGCCCCUAUUGCUUCAAGCACAAGCACUUAAAGCACUUUAGCUGCGCCGCUACUCGUCAAUGCAUGCAGUUAAAGACAAUUGGACCUAUCUGCAUCUGCAUACCUUUCCUUGGAGGUAAGGCCAGAUGAAACAGUGUGAUACUGUAAGACAACAAUAAUAGUGGAGUGAGGAGAGAAAGAAAGAAAAAGCUACACCAGGACUUCUGACAGCAAAGUAAGCGAAACACCCCUCAGAAAUUUUCCAUUCAAUGCAACUAUUUUCUUUUUUUGUUGUUGUUGUUUUUGUUUCUUUGAAAAACGCUUGUAUGAUCGUAUGCCAACAAAUCUCCACGAGGUGGACACAGCACCAAAUAUGCAUUCACACAAGUGGUAGGGGGUCUGAGGGAGGAGGCGGCUUCCUGACCCGAUGCUCUCCCACAUCCUGUGUAAAGACUUGAACAGUGGAGAGAGUGCCGACGAAGAAUGCUCACCCAGUAGCUCGGUAGCAUGAAAUCGGCUGUACACUUUCUUUGAUAGACAGCAGCAACUCACAACCAGCCUGUUGGUGCUAAAUCCCAUCUAUUCAAAGACUUGAUGUAAAGGGAGGAACAUACAUACAAAUAUGUUUAAGCUAUUCCCUCCUGAAUAUUUGUGUGUCUUUUUAUAUAUAUAUAUAUUAUUAUUAUUUCCUGGCCAGCUAUGUGUCUGACUAGACAUCAUGUACAGUACUUAAAAAUGAAAAUUAUUUAUCUAAGAAAGAAUUAUAAGCUGAUCCAAACUAGGUUUUCUGAUGAACAAUUCAGUGACUCACCGAUUGCACAGCAAAGUCUCUAUGAUUCAGUGUAUUUUGGGGAAUAUAAUCACUAAUGAAUGUUUUAUUUUUUAAUGAAUCUCUUCCUUCUGUUGCUCAGCAGUGUCAGUUUUAAGCUCAGCACCCAGCAGGCAAUAUUCAGCCUCAGGGGGCAAAAAAACAAAAAAAAAAUCUGUCAGUCAGUCACUCAGGUCUCUGGUCACCUUAGGUCACUGCUCUUCACAGCCAGUGAACCUCUCACCUCUCAGUCCGUCACUUCUCUCCAUGCAUGCUGCGCCAUCCCGCCUCAGUCCGUCAGUGCAGAGCCACAGUCACGCUUCUCAAAACGUCACUUUUUCAUUUAUUUUCCCUGCUGGUCACGUUAAGAAUCUCUCUGUUCACGGGUAAAAUGUAUUUUUGUUUUUCUUCUCAAGUUUAUCCUUCGAGUUUUUUUGAUUCAUGAUACUAAACUAGAAAUCACACAGCUAUUAUUUUCUCUGAGAAAGGAAAUGAUUUUGAUUCAAAGUAUAAUUUGUAUUUAAUGUCUUUUUUAAAUAAAAA